AUGGCAGACGACGACAGAACCAUAUACGAAGCAAGGCUUGACGCCUUUGAGCUCUACCACAAAUACGAAUACCCCGAACGUCCCAAGCCCAAUGUCGACUGGAAAACCGCCGCAUUGCGAGGCCCAGCCCUCCCCGCGCUGGGACACGCUGUGGCCGGCGCCGCGGGAUCAGCUGUUUCCAAUGUCGCGACUUAUCCAUUGAAAUUGAUCGUUACCAGAUUACAGAUGCAACGGCUCGCCGCACGUAAGAAGCAAUCAAGCGGCGAUAAAGAAGCAGAUCGAAAAACGGGGUAUGCGAGUAUUCAAGACGCGGCACAGAAAAUAUAUGCAAAAGAAGGCGGCAUCCAGGGAUUUUUCACUGGUGUUGGCGACGAUACAUGGAAGACCAUUGCGGAUUCAUUUUUGUUUUUUCUUGCGUAUACUAUCCUCCGACAACGGAGACUCAAUUCAAAAGCGAGCAACAACAACGGAAAGAAACGCGCGGUAUUGCCGAUUCUAGACGAAUUGGCUAUCGGAGUUGUCGCUGGAGCCUUUUCAAAAUUGUGGACAACGCCGCUUGCGAAUAUAGUGACAAGAAAGCAAACUGCCGCGCUUGACAAUCAAUCCAAACCGAUAUCAACGAAACAAGUCGCCGCGCAGAUCAGGACUGAAAAAGGGUUGAUCGGGUUCUGGUCUGGAUACUCCGAAAGCUUGGUCUUGACAUUGAACCCGUCAAUAACCUUUUUCUUGAACGAACUUUUGAAGUAUCUGCUGCUCCCCCGACACAAACGAAAGAAUCCUUCGGCCACGGUGACAUUCUUGCUGGCAGCCAUCAGCAAAGCUGUUGCUUCGGCUGUUACAUACCCAGUCUCACUCGCCAAGACUCGCGUACAAGCAGACUCAUCGUCGAGCGAGGACACGAAACCAUCCAAUACAUUUGCUUUUAGCCUGUUCACAAGCCUUCAAUCCAUUGCAGCAGAGGAAGGAAUUAGCGCUUUAUACGACGGACUUUUCGGCGAAGUCGUCAAGGGCUUUCUAUCCCAUGGCAUCACAAUGCUGACAAAGGACAUUGUCCACUCCAGCAUCGUACAAACAUACUACACGCUUUUGAUCUUAAUAAAGAAAUACCCAUCACCCGAAGAACUUAUCGUCCGCGCCCGUCUCCAAGCCGAAGAAUACGCCGAAGUUGCACGCGAAGGCGCAAAGGAGGUAGCCGAGUCAGUAAAAGAAGGUGUUUCGUCAGUGACAAGCCCGAAUGUGUCGGUUGACAUGUCCUCGAACGCGCCACCUGAGUACUCUCCGUUUGAGGAGACGAAUGAGUUGGCAGAGAUUGUGGGCGAGUAUGUCGAGGAUGAUGCGGCGGAAUGGCGGAGUAUCUUCUCAGAGAUACUCCAAGCUGAGUUACAAGGCAUGACUCAAUCUGAUAUGGAAUGGCAUCCCGCAUCCUUUUUCCGAACGGACAUCAUCCCGACAACCCCGUUUGCGAUCCUGAUACUCAACCAGCCGAUCAACGAGAAUGCAUUUGACGCUGUGAGGAGACAUGCAUGCUACACCCUCGUCGCCGAUGGCGGCGCAAACCGCUACUACGAACUCAUGAAAUCUCGCUCCAUUGAAAACAUCGAUCUACCAUCCUGCAUCCUCGGUGACCUCGACUCAAUUCACCCACACGUCCUCACACACUACAAAACGCACCAUGUCCCCAUCUUACACGAUCCUGACCAAUACUCCACCGACUUCACGAAAUGCAUCCGCUUCCUACACGCCCACGCGCACUCAAUCCUCGCGCGCGAGAAUCCGACCGUGGGCGUUGACAAUCACGAUUUAUACAUGACCUCCCACUUGACCCUACCAUCUGCAACAGCAAAGAAAGAGCAGUUAGAUAUCGUCGUCCUCGGCGGUCUAGGCGGCAGAGUCGACCAGGGCUUUUCGCAAGUCCACCAUUUAUACGCCGCGUACGAGGAGAAAAGGCAAUCUACCACCAACACCACCACCCCUAUAAGCCAAGCCCAAGCGGGGGACCUGUAUCUCCUCUCUGAAGAGAGUCUUUCCUUCAUUCUGCCUCCUGGGAAGAAUGUAAUACACACGCCAUUUACGCAUCAACAAGUCCCUAGCCAUCAUCAUGACGAAGAGGAAGAAAGGAAAGAAGUAUUCUCCGAAAACGUGGGCAUAAUCCCGCUUUCGGGGCCAACGCUCAUCUCCCUGACAGGUUUUGAAUGGGACGUCACGCGCUGGCGCACAGAGAUAGGCGGACAGUUAUCGACGAGUAACCACAUUCGCGCCGACAGACUAGAGGUCGAUGUUGAUGUGGACAUCAACCGGGCUGUGCUGUUUACGGUUGAGUUGGGGGAGAGGUUUAAGAGGAUUGUUAAUUCGUAG